CCCAUCAGAACCACUGGACAAGAGAGAGCAGAGCACCGUCUCAACCGUUGUUUGACAGACAACAUUUAACCUCAAGUUUUCUCUUCCUUAAAAACGCACUUCUCUUUCAUUUCUCUCGCACACGAACUCCUUUCUCCGGAAAUUCCUUCAAAUGAAACUCAAUCUCUUCUUAAACCCAAACCCCACAUCAAACUCUUUUCUCCCUUUCUUUUCUUUUCCUUCAAAGACAAAAAACCAAAUUCCCUUGUUAAAAUCACCCACUUCUCUUUCCUUCUUUUCAAAACCCACUCCUUGUUUCAUCCCACUUUGCUCUUCCAAUCCUUCUACCAAUUCAACUUCAAAGGAAUCAAGCUUGGAGUCCAAUGGAUGGCCCCAAACUUCAAAAUUCAAUAUUGGAGAUGAAUCUAAAGAGAAUUACAAUGUGGGAGUUGGGAACCCAAUUGUCCCAAGCUUUUUUUCAACUCAAAAGAUGAGCUUGAGUGAUCAGGCCUUUUUUCUGUGGGCCUUUAUUGCUUGUACGGUAUGGUGUUUGAGGCUUUUGAGGUUAUUUGGUGCUCUGGGUACUUGGUUUUGGCUUGUUUUUAUACUUCUGUGGCAUUUACAAGUCUGGUCAUUGUAGCUGUUCCAACACUCUAUGCAAUGGGAAGAGCUGCAAUUUCUCUUUCGAAGCUAGCAGAUACAGCUCGAGAGGAACUUCCCAGUACUAUGGCUGCAAUUAGGCUUUCAGGCAUGGAGAUCAGUGAUCUUACACUGGAACUAAGUGAUUUAAGCCAAGAGAUUGCUGAUGGUGUCAACAAAUCAGCUCAAGCUGUGCAUGCCGCUGAAGCCGGAAUUCGGCAGAUUGGUUCACUAGCUCACCAGCAGACCAUGUCAAUGAUUCAAGAACGGGCUAGUUUGCCUAUCAUCUCCUUACAGCCUGUUGUUGCUGGGGCUGCUAGAAAAACUUCUCGUGCUGUUGGCCAAGCCACAAAGACUAUCAUGAAUAUAAUCUAUCGAGGAGAAUUCAGCUCAGAGCAUGACGAAGAUAGUGGUAUUGAUCAAGUGGAAAACUAAGGUGUUCACUGCUUCUGGAUACUAAUAGAUGGCUGAUGUCUGUGUACAUAACAUAAAGAACCAAGGCAUCAGAUAGUUGCUUUCUCCUCCAACAGUUUAUAUGCCCAAAAAUUGUCAAUCUAAUUGCCUUCAAUAUGUUACAUAUAAAUUAUGAAAUACGGUGUUUUUGUCUGGGCUUUACUCCUUUUCCCCUCACUUUUAUUAUUUAGUGUAAUCCAUGAUUUUGCUGGUUUCUUUUGAAAGCAGGAAUGGUUUUAGUGAUGCAAAUCUGCAUUAUGAUUUUUUAUGAUUGGACACCCCGAUUCAGUAAAGAGAGGCUGUUAGCUA